UGGAAUUUUUGUUCAUUUUUCUCCGCUUUCGUGACUCCUUCCUACAUAGAAAACUAUAAGGUAUCCAAACCGCACACACAAAACUUUGUCGAAUGAACGAAUGAACGAACGGCCGGCUCGAAAUUAACUUCGCACAGCAGGUCUCCAGCUACCUCUAGCACCACUCACCCACGUAGGCCGACCUAUCCUCUGUUCCUCCCAGUGCGCUCCUUAAAAGCACCUACACACAUUCCUCCCGCAGCCUUUCAAUCUCACAAUGGCGCGGAAGAACCCGAACAUCGUUGUGACAGGUACACCUGGGGUUGGGAAGACCACGCAUUGCGAGUUAUUGGCCAGAAAUCUGGGGUUCAAGCAUUUGAGCGUGAAUCAAAUUGUCAAGGAUGAGGAGUUUCAUGAGGGCAGAGAUGACGAGACGGGGAGUUGGAUUGUGGAUGAAGACAAACUCCUCGACUACAUAGAAGCACUGUCCAUCUCCUCCACCGGCGGCUACAUCCUGGACUGGCACGCCUGCGACCUCUUCCCCGAGCGCUGGAUCGAUCUCGUCGUCGUCUUGCGCUGCGAUUCUACAACCCUGUAUGACAGACUCACUGCGCGGGGUUACAAGGGUAAGAAGUUGGAGGAGAAUAUGGAUAGUGAGAUUAUGCAGGUUUUAUUGGAAGAGGCGAGGGAGAGUUAUGCGGAGGAGGUGGUAGUCGAGUUAAGGAGUGAUGGGGUGGAGGAUGUUGAGAGGAACUGUGAGAGGGUGGAGGGUUGGGUGGAGAUGUGGAGGAAGGAUAGGGAGGGGGGAGGGAAGGAGGAGGGGCAGUGA